AUGGCAGGGGGAGUUAUUAUUUCCGCCCCCGGGGCGGGCAAAAAUUACUCUGGGAAACUCACCACGUACGUGGUCUUGGCUUGUAUCAUUGGGGCUUCCGGUGGUCUCAUUUUUGGUUACGAUAUUGGUAUUUCUGGUGGAGUGACGUCUAUGAGUCCAUUUCUCAGCAAGUUCUUCCCUGCUGUAUACCUUCAGGAGACAGGUGAUACGUCUACGAAUCAGUACUGUAAAUUUGACAGUCAGAUUCUCACCUUGUUUACCUCCUCUCUGUACCUCGCUGCUCUGGUGUCUUCGCUCUGCGCGUCCACCGUCACCAGAAAACUUGGACGGAAGAUGUCCAUGUUUAUCGGAGGUUUGGUUUUCUUCUCCGGAGCUGCUAUCAAUGCAGGUGCUCAGAAUAUUGCUAUGCUAAUCAUCGGUAGAAUCUUACUCGGGUUCGGUGUUGGAUUCGGUAAUCAGUCUGUCCCACUCUACCUCUCGGAGAUGGCUCCUUACAAGUAUCGUGGUGCUCUCAACAUCGUUUUCCAACUGAUGACCACUCUGGGCAUCCUCUUCGCUAACAUUAUCAACUACUUCACAGCUCAGAUUAGUGGAGGUUGGGGUUGGCGUGUGAGUUUGGGCGGUGCCGCCGUCCCAGCUGCCAUUAUGGCUAUUGGAGCUAUUUUCCUCCCUGACACCCCAAAUUCCCUCAUUGAGCGAAACUUGAAAGAAGAGGCCAAAGAUAAGCUCCAACGCAUCCGUGGCACCCAAGACGUGACGGAAGAAUUUGAAGAUAUGGUAGCUGCCAGUGCUGCAUCAAAGAAAGUAGAACACCCAUGGAGAAACAUCUUGCAGCGCAAAUACAGACCCCACCUUACAAUGGCCAUCUGCAUCCCCUUCUUCCAACAAUUAACUGGCAUUAAUGUGAUCAUGUUCUACGCUCCCGUCCUGUUCAAUACAAUCGGUUUCGCUGCUGAUGCAUCCCUUAUGUCCGCGGUGAUCACUGGUGUUGUCAAUGUCAUCGCAACAAUCGUCUCCAUUGUGUUGUCCGAUAACUGGGGCAGAAGAAAGCUCUUCCUUGAGGGUGGAAUCCAAAUGUUUAUCUCUCAGAUCAUAGUGGCAAUUCUAAUUGGGGUAAAGUUUGGGGUGAAUGGGCAAGCGACUAUUUCCCACGGAUAUGCCAUUGCUUUGGUGUUCUUCAUCUGCGUCUAUGUGUCUGCCUUCGCGUGGUCAUGGGGUCCAUUGGCAUGGCUGGUACCGAGUGAAAUAUUCCCAUUGGAGAUAAGGUCGGCUGCGCAGAGUAUAAAUGUAGCAGUGAACAUGGUGUUCACCUUCAUCAUAGCGCAGGUGUUCUUAACGAUGCUUUGCCAUUUGAAGUUUGGACUCUUCCUCUUCUUCGCUGCUUGGGUGUUCAUAAUGACCAUCUUCAUCUACAUCUUGUUGCCGGAGACCAAGGGGGUUCCCAUUGAAGAGAUGUCAAGGGUGUGGAAGAAGCACUGGUAUUGGGGCCAAUACAUUCCUGAUGAGGAUGUAAUUGGAGGCAUCGAGUUGGAGACCGGUGACAAAGUAAAGAAUGUCGAUUGAUUUUUAUU